AUGAUAAGUUUUCAGGUCCCAGUUAAUGGUGAAGUUGAUAUUGGUGAUCACAUCUGGGAGUGUAAAAUGAGCCCAGGAGGACAAAUUACAUUGCAACAGAAGAUGAACAAGCAUGCAUCAUGCAAUGGACAUCCAUUUGACUCGGAAUGGCAAGAGAAGUCGUUCCAGUUCAAGUGUGGUGAGAAUGGUGUCUCAAAGUUUGUUGGAUGUGUCACUUCGUCAGGCGCACUGAUUAAGGAUGGCGAGAGGAAAUCCGUGGAUGGGUUUGAGAUGGAGUGCAAAAAGCACGAAAAUGGAACAGUUACGUUAGGUGUACUUGAUCGAGCUGUUGACGCUAAGUGCAAAGACAACCAGGGCAAGGAAAGGGACCAAGGUCAAAAAAGAAAGGCCUAG